AUGUCACUCUUACCUCUAUUGCAUGAACUACUGGAUGAUGAGAGGCGAAAUCCUUUGAACGACCUUUAUGACCAACAUUUUGGAGGUGGACUUAGGAAUAAUGAGAUUUUACAACCCACUUCAUCAUUCCUUUUGAAUCCUAUGCGUAGUGGAUAUUUAAGACCAUGGAGAAAUCUUACUGUUGGCGAUUCCGGAAUUUCAUCUAUUAAAGCUGACAAAACUGGGCUCCAAAUAAAUCUUGAUGUACAGCAGUUUAAACCUGAAGAACUUAAAGUUUCAGUUACUGAUGGAUACAUUGUUGUUGAUGGUAAGCAUGAAGAACGUUCUGAUGAACAUGGUUUCAUUUCUCGUCAGUUCAUCCGACGGUACAAGAUACCAGAUAAUGUCGAUGAGGCUGCCCUCACAUCUGGCCUGUCAUCUGAUGGUGUUCUAACAUUGAAAGCUCCUCCGAAGGCAUUGCCAGAAACUAAAUCACGAGAAAUACCUAUCACUCACACCAACAAACCAGCAGUCAAAGAAGCCAAACAUAGAGGAGAAAAAAUGGAACAAUAA